AUGCCCCCCCUGUAUGUCAGCUGCUCAAGGCGAGCGAAGCGCGAGAACGACCAGGUGCUCACCUUCGAUCCGGCCAGCAGGCAGUCUUUCCUUGCUGGCUUCCGCAAGAGGAAGCAGGAUCGCAGAAAGUGGGCCGUGCGCGAAAUACUUGAGAAAGAGCGGCAGGACCGCAUUGAAGCAAAAAAGGACCACAGGCAGGACGUGAAGCAACGCUGGAAGGAUGUGCAGCGUGCCGAAAAGCGGGUGGAAGCGCUUCUGGGCCCGCAGGAGGAAGUCGGCUGGCUCGGGGACCUUCGAACUGAAAAGCUGAAAGAUGAGGAGGUUCCGGUAACGGUGGCCUUCGAAGCAGAGGAAGAUGAUCCAUUUGGUGGCUGCGAAGUGACAACUGCCAUAGCAGGGGUCUCCGAUGGAGCGGGCGGGCAUCUGCCUUUGGCCUUGGUCGGCAAGAGCGGCACGGCGCUUUCCUUGCUUGGAGGAGAGGCUGGGCUCCUCCGUGACCUGACAGGAAUCCCACAGGAAGACCCGCAAGCCAGAACGAAGAGGCGCGUCCUCUCCAAUGCCAAGGAGGAGAGUCGCCGCCAAGCGGUGCUGGACAAGACAGUGACGAAGAAGCUCACCACCAAGAAUCAAGGGCCAGCUAAGAAGAACAAGCGGGCCAAGGGCUCCAAGGGAGGCAAACGCCCUGUUGGAAGGAAGGAGCGGCGCAAGAGAAUGAAGAAGCGGGGGAAAUAG